AACUGGGUAAAUCGCCUUGGAGUUAUGCCAAUCCUUGGUCAGUCAAUUGUAACCCCCUCAUGCAUGUUACUACUUACCGUAUUUCUGGCCAUACAGCGGACGGUUCUUUCCCAGGGACCGGAUGUGAGAUUGGUCAAUUCGGACGAUCGUUGCUCUGGAAGAGUAGAAAUCUUUCACGAUGGAAGUUGGGGCACGGUUUGUGAUGAUGGCUGGGAUUUGACAGAUGCCACUGUUCUUUGCAAGGAGCUGCAAUGUGGACCCGCCCUAUCGGUGCAUGGUAACGCUCGGUUUGGUGAAGGUACCGGCAAGAUUUGGAUGGAUGAUGUUUCCUGCGGGGGGACAGAGUCCCAUCUCCGGUCUUGCUCCUUCCCUGGUUGGGGAACCCAAAACUGUGGUCAUGGUGAGGAUGCAGGUGUAAUCUGUAACCCAGGUAAGACCCAGCCAUUGGUAAAUUCAAACGAUCGUUGCUCUGGAAGAGUGGAAAUCUUUCACGAUGGAAGUUGGGGCACGGUUUGUGAUGAUGGCUGGGAUUUGACAGAUGCCACUGUUCUUUGCAAGGAGCUGCAAUGUGGACCCGCCCUAUCAGUGCAUGGUAACGCUCGGUUUGGUGAAGGUACCGGCAACAUUUGGAUGGAUGAUGUUUCCUGCGAGGGGACAGAGUCCCAUCUCCGGUCUUGCUCCUUCCCUGGUUGGGGAACCCAAAACUGUGGUCAUGGUGAGGAUGCAGGUGUAAUCUGUAACCCAGGAUCGGGCGUGAGAUUGGUCAAUUCAGACGAUCGUUGCUCUGGAAGAGUAGAAAUCUUUCACGAUGGAAGUUGGGGCACGGUUUGUGAUGAUGGCUGGGAUUUGACAGAUGCCACUGUUCUUUGCAAAGAGCUGCAAUGUGGACCCGUCCUAUCGGUGCAUGGUAACGCUCGGUUUGGAGAAGGUACUGGCAAGAUUUGGAUGGAUGAUGUUUCCUGCAAGGGGACAGAGUCCCAUCUCCGGUCUUGUUCCUUCCCUGGUUGGGGAACCCAAAACUGUGGUCAUGGUGAGGAUGCAGGUGUAAUCUGUAACCCAGGACCGGAUGUGAGAUUGGUCAAUUCAGAUGAUCAUUGUUCUGGAAGAGUGGAAAUCUUUCACGAUGGAAGCUGGGGCACGGUUUGUGAUGAUGGCUGGGAUUUGACAGAUGCCACUGUUCUUUGCAAAGAGCUACAAUGUGGACCCGCCCUAUCGGUGCAUGGUAGCGCUCGGUUUGGACCAGGUACCGGCAAGAUUUGGAUGGAUGAUGUUUCCUGCGGGGGGACAGAGUCCCAUCUCCGGUCUUGCUCCUUCCCUGGUUGGGGAACCCACAACUGUGGUCAUGGUGAGGAUGCAGGUGUAAUCUGUUACCCAGGAUCGGGUGUGAGAUUGGUCAAUACAGGCGAUCGUUGCUCUGGAAGAGUGGAAAUCUUUCAUGAUGGAAGUUGGGGCACGGUUUGUGAUGAUGGCUGGGAUUUGACAGAUGCCACUGUUCUUUGCAAGGAGCUGCAUUGUGGACCCGCCCUAUCGGUGCAUGGUAGUGCUCGGUUUGGAGAAGGUACUGGCAAGAUUUGGAUGGAUGAUGUUUCCUGCGGGGGGACAGAGUCCCAUCUCCGGUCUUGCUCCUUCCCUGGUUGGGGAACCCACAACUGUGGUCAUGGUGAGGAUGCAGGUGUAAUCUGUAACCCAGGUGAGAGCCCAGCCGUACCUUCUGAUACCUUCUGGUAAUGGAUCCACUCUGCUCUCUCAGGAUCGGAUGUGAGAUUGGUCAAUUCAGAUGAUCGUUGCUCUGGAAGAGUGGAAAUCUUUCACGAUGGAAGUUGGGGCACGGUUUGUGAUGAUGGCUGGGAUUUGACAGAUGCCACUGUUCUUUGCAAGGAGCUGCAAUGUGGACCCGCCCUGUCGGUGCAUGGUAACGCUCGGUUUGGACCAGGUACCGGCAAGAUUUGGAUGGAUGAUGUUUCCUGCGGGGGGACAGAGUCCCAUCUCCGGUCUUGCUCCUUCCCUGGUUGGGGAACCCACAACUGUGGUCAUGGCGAGGAUGCAGGUGUAAUCUGUAACCCAGGAUCGGAUGUGAGAUUGGUCAAUUCAGACGAUCGUUGCUCAGGAAGAGUUGAAAUAUUUUACAAUGGAAGUUGGGGCACGGUUUGCGAUGAUGGCUGGGAUUUGACAGAUGCCACUGUUCUUUGCAAGGAGCUGCAAUGUGGACCCGCCCUAUCGGUGCAUGGUAGCGCUCGGUUUGGACCAGGUACCGGCAAGAUUUGGAUGGAUGAUGUUUCCUGCAAUGGGACAGAGUCCCAUCUCCGGUCUUGCUCCUUCCCUGGUUGGGGAACCCACAACUGUGGUCAUGGUGAGGAUGCAGGUGUAACCUGUUACCCAGGUAAGAGCCCAGCUGUAUAA